UGUAAUAUAAUGGUGCAGCAGAAAGCUGUAGCUGCCCCUCUGCAUGCAAGGUCGAACUGUAAUUACAAGCAAAGGAAGUGUCCACUUGGGUAAAUUCAGUGCACAGGGAUCUUCUAUAAAGAACAUGAUGCUGGGGAUUCAUAUCACCACUUCAGCUCCAGUGCCUGAUAGCUAGCUUGCUAUAGCCUACAGCCAUGGCAGCAGUACGCGUGGUUCUUUUGCUGGGAGUUUUUCUUUUCUGCCUUACUGAGGUUUCAUCUGAUAUCAAGAUUGAAGAACAAUUACCUCAUCUUGCGCAGCUUGUUGUGAGAGGUGGAAGCAGACGGCUAAUGCAAGACAUAGACUGUGGAGGGCUGUGCAAGCAGAGGUGCAGCGUUCACUCGAGGCCAAAGCUUUGCAGCAGGGCGUGCGGCACGUGCUGUGUGAGGUGCAAGUGUGUGCCACCUGGCACUUCUGGGAACAGAGAACUCUGUGGCAAGUGCUACACUGACAUGACCACCCAUGGCAACAAAACCAAGUGCCCCUAAGCUUAGGCUUAGUGGGUAAUUAAGUUUAAGCUUAAAUGGAUAAGAAGAAGAAAGAUGGGAGCUAGAUGAGGCAUGUUUGUUGUUGUGUCAGCUAUAUGAUCUGUAGAAGAUUUGGUACUAGUUUAUGGUAUUAUCCUCACAAUUACCCACCAUUUGUUUUUUAUUCUUAAAUUAAGGUCUUCAAUUUCGCAUGGAUUAUUGAAUUAAUAUGAUGUAAACCAAAUGGAGCAGAGUUUGAAACCAAUUUUACAUUCCCUCUUAAAAUUAAUGCAAAUGACCAACUAGUAUAGUAGUUUUGGAACAA